AUGUCAUCAAUGGUUACGUACAGAAUUAUUGUUUUAUCAAAAAUACCAGGCGAUAAAGAAAUAUUAUUAGAAUGGAUAAGAAAAAACGAAGACAAGUUAACUGUUUGUAGUAUACUAGACAAACAAAAAUUAACAGAAUGGAUAAGAGAAAACAAGGAAACUUUAACGAAAUCGAUCCGAAAAGACGCGAUUACGUGUAUUGAAAUGAUAAGAGAAAGCGAAGAAAUGUUAGCAAAAAGGAUAAAAACAGAUAAAGAAAUGUGUAUUGAAAGAUUCGGGUUACCUACCACGGACACCUACAGACAUUACUUCAUUUUUUUAUCGGACACAAUAAGCAGUUCACAAACAUCAACAGCAUGGCUGGAACGAGAACAGGCAACGAUGACUGAAUUGACAACUGACACAAGAGAACUGUUUCAGCCAGGGUGUCCUUCCGCCUUUAAUAUAACUUCAACGACAAUUGCAUUGGUGUGGGAUGAACCACUUGUAGGAGCUCAUUGUUAUGAAAUAAAAUGUGAGCAGAAAAACAUCAGCAGUGUAUGUUACUAUAUAACAUCUGGUAAUUCUUGCAAAUACGUUGUGAAAGACUUGUCACCGAACUCUGAAUAUAACUUUACAAUUCGAGCCAUCAAAAAUGAAGUGAACAAAGGUCCCUACAGUAAUACGUUAAACGUAUCAACAUCGGUAAUUUCCUACAACAGUAUAACAGAGUUAUCAUAUGUUUUGUUUUAUAUUGUAGUGUUUAUAUGGUUUACAUAUUUACUCUGUUAUACUGUGUUUAUUGAAUAA